ACAUCUGUAUAUAAAUAUGUUCCAAGGCUAGAUGACCUGUAUAUAGGCAAAGUUGUGGAACACAAAUCAUCCUACGAAGUAGCAACAUGGAGACUACAUUCUCUAUCACUGUCGCCAUCUUGCUUCUGGGAUCUGCAUGUAUUUCAGCAGAAUUUUCAGGAAGGGCCAUGGAAAGAGCCAAAGAGAUCGAUUCGAAAUGCAGAGCGGAAAUUGGUGCCGAUAAAGGGUAUGUCACUAAAUUUCUCAGAGGUGAGAUAGAAGCUGACGACAUGGACAGAUACAAGUGCUUCCUGAAAUGUUUGAUGAUGGGACUCAGCUCACUCUCCCACGACGGAGUCUACGACAUUGACGAGGAGAAAGAGAAUAUACCGCCAGAGAUCCUUGAUGAAGGUCACAGAAUCCUCGCGAAAUGCAAAGACACAAAGGGCUCUGAUCCAUGCGAUACGGCGUACCAGAUCCACAAAUGUUACCAUGAUGAGAAUCCGGAAUUAUACAGAAAGGUUCUGCACCACUGGGAAGGUAUUGCUUCUGCUUAAUGACACAUCGUGACAAGACAUCAGGAUCUAAGCUACCUAUGAUGACGACCGAAUGAUUGGCUAAUAUACUUUAACACUCUUCCAUCGAAGAUUUUAAGCUUUUGACGUACAUUCAUUACUCAUCUGUUUCAGAAAUCGAUUCGUUUCCGAGCUGCAACUUCGAGAUAUAUCGACACUAACAGAGCACAACGAAUAUAUCGACUGCUGCAGUUUAUUCAUUCUGUAUUCGCUCCGUAUGCACAUAAUAAACCCAUUUAUUGGCAGGGAA